GUCUCAUCAAGAAACAGUCUAUACGGGCUCGAUAUACUUUGUGUGAAGAGAACCAUUGCGGUAAUCCCUUUCAGGUCUAAGAAAGCAGGAGGAUGGCGAACGUUGCUUAUUAUAUGGUCUAGGCAAUCUGGGAAGUUCCGAGACCUCAACGAUUUGAACAACAACUUGAAUGCUACCGAGGCAACGGAAGAGAACGCCAAGAAGGAAAUUUUGAACGAAAUCGCUAGAAUUACCGACGACAUGGAAGCGGAGUUCGGUGCAAUGGGCUCAUUGAUAAGAUGUGGCUGGAGGCAAACAUAUUUUGCUUCUCAAGUGAAAAAGUGA